AUGGCCCACGACAUAGAGAGCAGUUUUCAGGCCGCCAUCGAUGCCGGCAAGAUCAACGGCGGCGUUAUCUGUGCCACCGACGCGGAGGGCCGCUUUGUCUACGACAAGGCAAUCGGCGAGCGCACCUUGCUGUCAGGCGAGAAGCGCCCGCAGCAACUUGAUGAUGUGCUGUUCCUAGCUUCUGCCACCAAGUUGAUCACCGCUAUCGCUGCCCUGCAGUGCGUCGAUGAUGGCCUACUGUCCCUGACUGGCGACCUAUCGUCCGUCGCCCCGGAACUGGCUGCCAAGCAGGUCAUCACGGGCUUCUCGGAUGACGGCGAAACCCCUCUGCUUGAGCCGGCGAACCGGCCAAUCACGCUCGAAAUGCUGCUUUCGCACAGCUCUGGCCUCUGCUACUACUUUUGUAACCCACAUGUCGCCCGAUGGCGCGAGAAGUUCUCUUCUUCUCAAGAUGGUCAGUCACGGUCCGUCGAGGAGCUGUUCUGCUACCCGCUUGCCUUCCAACCCGGCUCCAGCUGGAUGUACGGCUCGGGACUCGACUGGGCUGGCCGCAUAGUGGAGCGGAUAACAGGGGGCAAUCUGGGUGAGCGCAUGCAGCAGCGGAUCUUCGACCCGCUGGGUAUCAAUGAUGCUCAGUUUUACCCCGUCACGCGCGAGGACCUACGCUCUCGUCUAGUUGACCUUAGCCCGGAUGACCCGGACGCCGUCGGGCGUGCUGUGCUCGGUGGCGGCGGCGACAUGAACAGGACUGGCCGUGGAGAUUUUGGCGGCCAUGGCCUAUUCAUGUCAGGUGCUAGCUAUAUCAAGAUUCUGCGCUCGCUGCUGGCAAAUGACGGGAAAUUGCUCAAGCCCACCACUGUUGACGAGAUGUUCCAGCAACGCCUUAAUUCCGAAGCGGCUGCGGGACACCAAGCCGCGCUAGCAAGCCCUAUGGGCACUUUCUUCCGCGUUGGUGUCGAGCCCGAAGCGAAAAUGGGCUAUGGUCUAAGCGGUCUGCUGACGUUGGAGAAUGUCGACGGCUGGUAUGGUGAGCGCACGCUGAGUUGGGGUGGCGGCCUGACGUUCACCUGGUUCAUUGAUCGCAAGAAUGGCUUGUGUGGCAUCGGUGCCGUUCAAGCCAAGCUACCAAUGGACAAUGAGGUGGUGGCUGCCCUAAAGCAGACCUUCCGCCACGAUAUCUACCGCAAGCAGGCUGCCUGGAAAGAGCAGCAGCAGGCGUCAUGA